AUGUCACCUGUGCGACAAGAUCGUAAGAUUGCCUUAGUUGGCGCCAGUGGUAACCUUGGGCAACACACCCUGACGGCACUGCUCUCUCAUGGUAUCCACGACAUCACCGUCAUUGUCCGGAACGAAUCCACCUCUGAAUUCCCUGACAGCGUCACCGUCAAAAGAGUUGCCUUCGAUGACGAAGCUGCUCUCACGUCUGUCUUGCAUGGUCAAGAGGUCUUGGUCUUGCAACUUGGCAUCCCAGCUGUGGGCCUCAGCGACGUCUUCAUCCACGCUGCCGCAAAGGCCAACGUCCCGUAUAUCCUUCCGACAGAGUUUGGUAGUGACCCAGAAGGAAAGCUCAUUGAAGAGCUGCCUGAAAUCGCUGAUAAACGCAAACACCGAGAACUCAUCGAAAAGCUAGGAGUUGGUUCUUGGAUCGGUGUCAUUACCAACCCUUGGUACGAUUUCUGCCUGCCUAUGGGCGAUGUCUUUGGUAUCGACGCCAAAACACUCAAGGUUACGCUUUGGAACGGGGGGCGUACAAAGAUGAAUUACACUACGCUGGCCCGAGCUGGAGCGGUUACUGCCGAGGUUGUGGCUAUGCCAGAUGUAGAACUUGCACGCUAUCGCAACAAAUGCUUCUACACUACUUCCUUCCACGUCACUCAGAGAGAGGUACUGAGUAGCAUUAUGCUGGCGACUGGAACAUCUGAGACCGAUUGGGACAUUCGCGAGGAGGCCGUGGAUGAUGUUCUUGAGAGAGCCAAUGCGAUGAGUGGGGAUGACGCACAUGCUGUGGUGCUUGCGAAGUUCUUCCCACUACAUUACAAAGAGGGCGAGGGGGGUGAUUUCAACAGCAAGACUGAGGAUCUCGGCCGUUUUGAUCUGAGCAAGGAGGACUUCCAUGCCGUCACGAAGGAUGUAGUUCAGCGGAUGCUGUCGCCCUAG